GAUUUAAAAAUGAAGAGUUCGAUUCGAUUCGUCCUGCCUUAACGUUCAAAAACUUCUAUCUGUGUGGUUCGGUGCUUCUUCUCGCAGUGUCUUUUCCCUCCCAAAUUGGUGAUAUCAUCGUUCGGUGCUCAUGCUUUCACCCCGCUGGAUCAGUGAGAGAUUUGUUUCGUAAGUGCGAAAAUGGCGAGACGUAGAGUCAAGAGAACCGUUCGAAAGACUGAAUCCUCACCUGAAGCCAAUAGAAACGGCAAUGACGAGCCCAAGGAGGGUCAAAUUGAAUCGCAACAAGCUCAAUUCAUAGACCUCGAGGUUGAGCGACAAGCUGCUGCCGUUAGGGCUGUGCGUGAUGUGGAGGUUGAACAUUUGCUGACUGAGUUGCGUUUACUUCGGUCGUAUUUUAGCAAGGAACAGCUCCAGAAACCGGUACUACAAAUUUUUGAAGAAAAUUUCCCAAAUCUUUCAGUUCUAAAUGACAAAGAGAAUAAGAAGCUUGAAUUGAGAUGGAAUAAUAAAGACAAUAGGAUGUCCAUGAGCUGUGCUGAAGGAAGAAAUGUACAUGCUUCUCUUCUGCAAAGAUUGUCUAUGGCUUUUCCUGACUUCUCUUCUGCAAUCCCUCCUUUGGAUGGCUUUGAAUACUCUAGCAAGGCUGGAAGAGCAAGUCUUCUUGGCUCUGACAACUUGUAUAUUAAAGAUUUUAGUUUGGAGGAGCCAUCCGAAGCUCAGACUCUCGCAAUGCAGGAAGCACUUCAGACUCCUGGGGUGAGUAGUCAAAGAUUGUCUGUAGGGAUGACACCCAAAACGCUUAGGCUGCCCAAACCUGGCGAGAUGCUUCUUUCUGUCCAUGGAUCACCCCUCGGUGUUUACAAGGAAAAUAACAUGGAAGCGAUACGCGAAUCAGAAGAGGGUUGAAGGCCUACUAAACCCCUUAAGUGGCUCAUAGUGGUUCAAAAACAAGCAAAACUCAAGAGUUGCCCCUGACACCAAAGUAGAUUGACUAAAUGUAAAUAUGGCGGCCUUCCAGCUUCCGAGGAAUUGGUAAUCAUGCGGACGAAAUUAACUCAGCCAUAGAGCCAAAGAGUUCUGAAUACUGGGGUACUUUGUAUGAGUGUUUUGUUUCAUGAAAAAAUGCUUUGGUUGUAAACUUGCUCUUUAUGGACCGAUUUACAGUAAAAUAAUUAACUUCUUCCAUUCCAAAAGAGAGAAGGGAAGAGAGGGCGUGUUGGGGGACUCAAUGGUUAUUUAGCUAACCUUAGAUUGGUUUAUGCAAUGUUUAGGUGAGCGUAGCAUUUUAGUGUUGUAGUUUUAUUUAUCUUAGCAAACAAAUCAUUGGUACUAA